AUGGAUGGAGUUCGCAUAAAUGAUGUGGCUGGCCUUGAUAGACUAGGCGUGGACAAGCAAGCUGCUGUCGAAACUAUCACCCGGGCAUACGCUCACCAGAUAUAUAUCGACGGAUUUUUUAAUGCCGAUCCUCAUCCUGGCGAGCAGUCACUGGCGAAGAUGCUUCUUGCUGCUGCCGAGAUGGGGCUUGUUCUGAAGCUGGACAUGCCAGAAGAGGCGAUGGAAAUCACCAACUUUUUUUUCCGUCGUUCCUUGCCGGCUGAGGAAUCUGUGCUAUUACAAAUGGACAGCGAUCUAUGCUUGCAAUUGCGAGCCGCUUUGCUGCGCCAUCAAAUCCCUCUCGAGCCAGUCCAGGCUCAAAUCUCUUCCCAGCAGCAUCACUCCCUCUUUGAUCGCUCGCGGCUCGACUAUCUCACCAGAAUUCUGGAAGAAAACGAUGAGGAGCUCCUCCUCCAGCUGCCACAACAACAGCAAACCUCUUACCAGGUACUGCUCCGCGAGCUCACGGAAUGUCUCUCCCCCAAUUCUUGUGCUAGCAGUUCCUUGUCAAUGGACACCGCCUCUCCUCCUCAUUUUCCCUCGCGCACCUCCACCGUCUCCUUCCACAGCUUGCUCAUGGACUGCGCCCGAGCCGUAGCUGCCAACAAUUCCACCAAAGUCAAUGAGCUCGUGAGAGAGAUCAGAACUUUAGCCUCACAUCAGUCGCGUCCGGUGGAGAAGGCCGCGCUCUACUUCACCAACGCGCUCGUCGCGAGGCUGGCCGGGUGUGGAGCUCGGAUGUACGCCGCGAUGCACCAGAACGUGACGAGGAUGCAGAGUAUCUCCAUCCGGAUGAAUCUUCCCAGCCUCCGGGCCACGGAGCGCUUCGCCAACCAGAUGAUCCUCGAUGCCUGCCGUGGUGCCAAGCGUGUCCAUAUCGUCGACUAUGGGAUCCUCUACGGCGACCAGUGGCCAUCGCUCAUCAAGGCGCUGUCCGAGAGAGCCGAGGGGCCGCCACUGUUCAAGAUCACAGGCAUUGACUUCCCGUCCCUUGUCAACCUCGAGAAAACUGGAAACCGGCUGGUCGACUACGCAGAGUCGUGUGGGAUGCACCUCGAGUUCCACUCCAUCGCCACCGCGGCGUGGGAGUCAGCGCAGCCGCGAUACCAUCUCUUCAGCGAGCUUCUCUUCGUCAACUGCCAGCUGAGGAUGCGGCACAUCCGCGAGGACGGGAUCAUCGACAGCCCCCGGAAGCUCUUCUUCGAGAAGAUCCUCAGCUUCAAGCCUGUUAUGUUUUUCCAGUCCGUGGUGCACGCUGACAUCGGCUCUCCGUUUUUCAUCCACCGCUUCGACGGGGCCUGGAGGAGCUUCCUGGCGAGGCUGGAGUCGUUCGAGGAGACGAUGAAGCUCGGAUUGAUCGACCAGUCGCAGCUCGACUUCAUGGAUAAGUUCAUCGAGAAGUGCGCCAUGGGUGUCAUUGCCUGUGACGGGCAGAACCGUGUGGAGCGUAUCUCCUCGUACAAAACCUGGGAUCGCCUGGCUCGGAAAGGCCAGUUCGGACAGCUUCCAGUCAGCAAACGAGCGCUCGAGAUGGUCAUGUCCGUUUGGAGCGGACACGAGAACUUCACGUACGGAAUGGACGAGAACUGGCUGCUGCUUGGCUGGAAAGACGCAGUCUUGAAUGCUUUGAGCGUCUGGGAGCCCAUUGAGAAGCUACCGCGCUUCAAACACCAGUGA